UCCUUGGCGGCUCCCAAGAUGGCGUCCAUCAUGGAGGGGCCGCUGAGCAAAUGGACUAACGUGAUGAAGGGCUGGCAGUACCGUUGGUUCGUGCUGGACUACAAUGCAGGGCUGCUCUCCUACUACACGUCCAAGGACAAAAUGAUGAGAGGAUCUCGCCGAGGAUGUGUUAGACUCAGAGGAGCUGUGAUUGGUAUAGACGAUGAGGACGACAGCACCUUCACAAUAACUGUUGAUCAGAAAACCUUCCAUUUCCAGGCUCGUGAUGCUGAUGAGCGAGAGAAGUGGAUCCAUGCCUUAGAAGAAACAAUUCUACGACAUACUCUUCAGCUUCAAAUCAGUACCACACUUGCUUUUUUCCAGUCUUCUGGUAUCUCUCCAGUUCUUGAAUUUUCAAAAAUAAUUGGUUUGGAUUCAGGAUUUGUUCCUAGUGUCCAAGACUUUGAUAAGAAACUUACAGAAGCUGAUGCUUAUCUACAAAUCUUGAUAGAACAAUUAAAGCUUUUUGAUGACAAACUUCAAAACUGCAAAGAUGAUGAACAGAGAAAGAAAGUUGAAACUCUCAAAGAGACAACAAAUAGCAUGGUAGAAUCAAUUAAACACUGCAUUGUGUUGCUGCAAAUUGCUAAAGACCAGUGUAAUGCGGAGAAGCACGCAGAUGGAAUUAUAAGUACUAUUAAUCCUGUAGAUGCAAUAUAUCAACCUAGUCCCCUGGAACCUGUGAUCAACACAAUGCCUUCCCAGACUGUCUUACCUCCAGAACCUCAGUUGUGUAAAUCAGAGCAGCGUCCAUCUUCCCUACCAGUUGGACCUGUGUUAGCUACCUUGGGACAUCAGACUCCAACACCAAAUAGUACAGGCAGUGGGCACUCACCACCUAGUAGCAGUCUAACUUCUCCAAGUCAUGUCAACUUGUCUCCAAAUACAGUCCCGGAGUUCUCUUAUUCUAGCAGUGAAGAUGAAUUCUAUGAUGCUGAUGAAUUUCAUCAAAGUGGCUCAUCCCCAAAGCACUUAAUAGAUUCCUCUGGAUCGGUCUCAGCCUUGACCCACAGCAGCUCAGGAAAUAGUCUAAAGCGCCCAGAUACCACAGAAUCCCUGAAUUCUUCCCUGUCCAAUGGAACAAGUGAUGCUGACCUUUUCGAUUCAUACGACGAUAGAGAUGAUGAAGGGGAGGCAGGGUCAGUGGAAGAGCACAAGAGUGUUAUCAUGCAUCUCUUGUCACAGGUUAGACUUGGAAUGGAUCUUACUAAGGUAGUUCUUCCAACAUUUAUUCUUGAAAGAAGAUCUCUUUUAGAAAUGUAUGCAGACUUUUUUGCACAUCCGGACCUGUUUGUGAGCAUUAGUGACCAAAAGGAUGCCAGAGACCGAAUGGUUCAGGUUGUGAAAUGGUACCUCUCAGCCUUUCAUGCAGGAAGAAAAGGAUCGGUUGCCAAAAAGCCAUACAAUCCCAUUUUGGGCGAGAUCUUUCAGUGUCACUGGACAUUAUUACCAAAUGAUACUGAAGAGAACACAGAGCUAGUUUCAGAAGGACCAGUUCCCGGGGUUUCCAAGAACAGCGUAACGUUUGUGGCUGAGCAGGUUUCCCAUCAUCCACCCAUUUCAGCCUUUUAUGCUGAGUGUAUUAACAAGAAGAUACAAUUCAAUGCUCAUAUCUGGACCAAAUCAAAAUUCCUCGGAAUGUCCAUUGGGGUGCACAACAUAGGGCAGGGCUGUGUCUCGUGUCUAGACUAUGACGAACAUUACAUCCUCACGUUCCCCAAUGGUUAUGGAAGGUCUAUCCUCACAGUGCCCUGGGUGGAACUAGGCGGAGAAUGCAGUAUUAAUUGUUCCAAAACUGGCUAUAGUGCAAAUAUCGUCUUCCACACUAAACCAUUCUACGGGGGCAAGAAGCACAGAGUUACCGCUGAGAUUUUUUCUCCAAAUGACAAGAAGUCUUUUUGUUCAGUUGAAGGGGAAUGGAAUGGCGUAAUGUAUGCAAAAUACACAACAGGGGAAAACGCAGUUUUUAUAGAUACCAAGAAGUUGCCUAUAGUCAAGAAGAAAGUGAGGAAAUUGGAAGAUCAGAAUGAGUUUGAAUCCCGCUGCCUUUGGAAGGAUGUCACUUACAACUUAAAAAUCAGGGAUAUUGAUGCAGCAACGGAAGCCAAGCAUAGACUUGAAGAAAGACAAAGAGCAGAAGCCCGAGAAAGGAAGGAGAAGGAAAUUCAAUGGGAGACAAGGUUAUUUCAUGAAGAUGGAGAAUGUUGGGUUUAUGAUGAACCAUUACUGAAACGUCUUGGUGCUGCCAAGCAUUAGGUUGGGAAAUGCGUAGUUUACACCUGAUAACCAGGGCAGUAGGCAUAACUAAGUAACAGUCUUCCUUUGGGAGAACCUACUUACUCCCUUUUUAUUGCAGUGGUUCCUAUCUCAGGGAUACUGGACUUUCCGAAGCAGAUGAAUAAUUAAAGCGAGAAAAGCUUCCCUUUUUUCCUCUUUUUGUGGCAGUUACAAUUUGGACUUCAGUCCUGAGAAAAACUUCAGGUUUUGAAAACAUGAUGGUGUGUUCCUUUUCCAAUCCCCACGCUUUGAAGAGCAUUUAUAAAUCCCAGUCUCAAACUCUGCAUUCUAGUACUGCUGUUGAGAUUAUACAUCACCUGUUUCCUAGUUCACAUAACCUUGGGAUACAUACACAUACACAUAUAUACAUAUAUCAUUUACCUGAUACCAGGUUUUUCAUAAAUAUUCUCUCUACUGUAAAUAUCGGUUCCUGUGAGUUUUAGAAAAUUAGUGCAAUGUAUUAAAAUCAAGUGUUAGGAAAUUUCAUGGUCUCAACUACAAUAACUUUUAUUUUGGAAUUGAACUAUUAAAUUGUAUCUAACUCUGGAUCACAGUUUAAUUAUACUCAGUGCUUCUUAUGGCUUCAUAAAGUAAUUUUUCCAAUUUU